GGGGUCGGUGGGGGUUGCUUCGUAGGUCGCUCAUUCUGGCGUGGGUAGAGCAACCUUCGCCAGUAGUAUCGCGGUGACGAGCAGACGCGGUUGUCUUUCACCUCUCUCUCUCUCUCUCUCUUCUCUCCGCCGAUCUUCCUCGAUUUUCGACGUUCAGUGUCCCGUUACUGCCACUCUCGAAAACGGCUUCAUCAAUCGGAGCAGAGAUUGCUCGAACGAGGAACGACGAACCGCCUGCGGCCGUUGGCCGGCGGAGGGACCCGAUCGGGAAGAUAUGAAAGGCGAACGAUCGCCCAUUUCAGUGGGGACCAGUUUGGGAGUGAAAGGAUGAACAAAAAUAUGUCGAAAGCUGGAGCAACGGUAUCUCCGUUAUUCCCCCCGUCGCGGGCCACACCGUCCCCCUCGUCUGUCCUCAGAGUAACUUCCGCGAUCGCCUCGACCACGGAUUACACGAGCAUAGGGAGUAUGUACGGUGUGAUCGAUCAGAUGGUGUUGAAAGAGGAGGACGAGGAACAGUUGAGCAUGGGAGAGAAGUACGUGCCGUACGAAGAUCGGCCGGAAACUUAUAUCGUGCCGAUCGUGUUCCUCCUGAUUCUUCUGAUCGGGCUCACAGGAAACGGGGUGCUCGCGCUCACCAUACUGCGGCACAGUAACAUGAGGAACGUUCCAAACAUUUAUGUAUUCUCGUUGGCGCUUGGAGAUCUCUUGGCACGUGUCCAUUCUUGGUGAAAACUUGUUCUUAUU